UUUUGAUUCAUUUUGGAUCGAGUACAUUGACCCACAUUCACUCGCCGUUUGUCACGUUUCCUGGUGAACCAUAUGCAUCCAUACAUUCAGCAAUUUUUCUGUUUUCUCGGUCGCACACCCGCUAUGCCAAUAUUUACUCCACAAUCAUUUGGGAAACCUGGAUUACAUUGUUGGUGCUUGCAUUUGAAAACUAUUUUCGAAGUGUCACCUCUCAGCCUUAUUCGGCAUGAUUGUUUGGACUGAGCUCAAGAGAGUAUAAAAGGGGUUUGAUUGAGGAGUGCAUCCUCAUCGACUUGUUUGCUCUACUUGAAUUAAUCUUCAGCGAACACGCUAUUUCUUUCCUCCUUAGGCCAUUACUACCCCUAGUUGCUACUAUGAUCGGAAUUAUUUCUGUGGUUUCUUUCCUUCUCGCUUCUGGCGCAAGUGCAGACCGUACAUUCACGGUCACAAACAACUGCGACUACACCGUCUGGCCUGGAAUGUUCACCAACCUCCAAGUUGGUACUGCAGUCCCAGAUCAAGCUAAUGGAUGGGAGCAAGCCGCAGGCGCAACCGUCAGCUUUACUGUCCCGGAUAACUGGACAUCAGGAAGAAUCUGGGGUCGUACAGAAUGUGAUUUCACAACAGUCCAGGGACCAACUUCGUGUGCUACGGGUGGUUGCAACGGAGGUCUGGUCUGUGAUGCUUCCACUGGAACUGGAGUGCCACCCGCCACCGUGGCUGAAUGGACUCUCUCGGGAGCGCAGGACCUCGACUACUACGACGUUUCCGUUGUUGAUGGUUUCAACGUUCCGGUUGCUGUUACUGUCAGUGAUACCUCCUGCAGCACGGCAUCUUGUCCGGCUGAUCUGAACUCUGACUGCCCGGCGGACCUCCAAGUCCUUGAUUCCUCAGGAGCUGUUGUCGGAUGCAACAGUGCUUGUAAUGCUAAUCUUGACGGUGACCAAGCUGACUCUGCCAAUUGCUGUACCGGUUCACAUGACACAGCUGCUACCUGCCCUCCCUCUGGAGUAACAGACUAUGACUUCUUCAAGGAUGCUUGUCCUGACUCCUACGUCUACGCUUAUGACGAAUCUAGCGGAACUGCUUUGUGGACUUGCCCUGAUAGCGCAAGUCCAGAUUACACUUUGACUUUCUGCCCUUGAAGAGGAGUUGCGAUUGACAACCAACCAAAAAAUUUAAACUUUCUAUCCCAUACCCUCGCUCCUUUGUUCUCGUUAUCCUGUAUACAAUCUUUCAUGUA